AUGGCACGGCCAGCUGCAGUGAGAUGGCAAGGAGAGGCGGUCUAUACGUGCGAGGAGACGGAAAAGGAACCCAGGGUUCUGGGGAACCCCGCAGGCCGCAGCGCGAGCAAGGCUGGAAGGCGACCAGAAGAGAGAGAGUUAGGAGUAAAGCGGCUUGAAAGCACCAAGCUGACUGAAUCAGUCUCCGAUGGGGAUGCGAGAAGGAAAACAAGAAUCACUACCACAUCGACUGGUGUUGCUCCUCCACGCUGGCGCACGGCGAAGAGGGGGGAGCUCUGCGAGAAGCCCACCAUUUCCUUCGGCCGCAUGGAUCUGCUGGGCAUCAAGCUGAAGCGUUCAGCCCCUCCCUUGUCAAGGCCUGAGUUGCGAGAUCAUGAUACAUCGUGCCAAGUUGUCGCUUGUCUGCAGAACAAUUUUGCCGCUGCGUCUACCCAUGGCAAGGGACCACAUCUCCUACAUCUUUCUCGGACCAUGUAG